CUUAGCUGUUCUUUCAUUCAUAGAUUUUUAGGCGAUAAGCAUGCUUCACAUUUGCCCCAAAUAUCGAGGCUAAACGCUCUGUGUUUCACGAGUCCCUCUUCUUUCGCGCUCUCUUGGUCGUUCCCUGGCCUGCGCAACAAUGCCUUCACGAAAACCCAGCAAGUAUGGGAACAAAUUCAGAUCAAGCACUGCGAAAUUUCAGGCAAAGCGGACAAAAGCGGUUGAAUUUUCCUCACUCCGUUCGACGGAAGCUACCUCCCAAGAUGAGAAAUUCGAAGCAAUCCGACUCGCAGACGGCAUCGAUGAAAGCCUGGGCUUUCCACGGUUUGACUCCGGCGAGAAACGGGUCGGCUGGCUUAUAAAUAUGCACAGCACGUCGAUUAAGGAUCCGAAUAUUCCAGGAGGUCGUGCGGGUGUGGAUUAUUAUUUUCUGGAAGAUGAUGGAGGGAGUUUCAAGGCCACUGUCGAGUACGACCCUUAUUUUCUCAUCGCCGUUAAAAUGGGUCAUGAGGCAGAGGUCGAAGAGUGGUGCAGGAGGAUGUUUGAUGGAUUGGUAAAGAAUAUCAGGCGCGUUGAGAAAGAGGAUCUCCAGAUGCCCAACCACCUGCUUGGAUAUCGAAGACAGUUCCUUGAACUGAGUUUUCCGAAUGUAAGCACGUUGCUGGAAGUGCGCAAAACUAUAUUACCGCUUGCAGAAAAGAAUAAAAAGAGUAUGAGCGCCAUGGAUGCAUAUACUGAAAUUGCCAGUGCAAAUGCUGGUUUCGAUCUUUUUGAUGACGAAUUAAUUUAUGAGACACGACCUAAUGGGAACUUGCAUGCAAGUGAUUUUAUUAUUGAUAUUCGAGAAUACGAUGUUCCUUACCACGUUAGAGUUGCAAUUGACAAAGAUAUUCGUAUAGGGAAAUGGUACACUGUAGAAGCGAAGCACGGCGUUAUUUCCUUGACAUGCUUGGAAGAGCGACUUCAGCGAGCUGAUCCCGUCAUCCUCGCCUUCGAUAUUGAGACAACAAAGUUACCUCUUAAAUUCCCAGAUUCUGUGACUGACCAAAUCAUGAUGAUAUCUUACAUGAUUGACGGUCAAGGGUUUUUAAUCACAAACCGGGAAAUAGUCUCUGAGGAUAUCGAAGAUUUCGAGUACACACCAAAACCAGAAUACAGUGGGCCGUUUGUGAUCUUCAAUGAGCCAGACGAAAGAAGCGUUCUUGAACGGUUCUUUGGCCAUAUUAAAGAAGCAAAACCAACGGUUAUUGCCACAUACAACGGUGACUUUUUCGAUUGGCCAUUUGUUGAAGCCAGAGCAAGUGUCUUGGGAAUUGAUAUGUAUACAGAAAUUGGAUUUCGGAAGAACAGCGAAGACAUCUAUCAAAGCGAUCACUGUGUACACAUGGACUGCUUUGCCUGGGUCAAUCGUGACAGUUAUCUCCCUCAAGGAAGUCGUGGUUUGAAAGCUGUCACAGUUGCGAAGCUUGGCUAUGACCCCGAUGAACUCGAUCCUGAAUUGAUGACACCAUAUGCGAGCGAGCGUCCACAGACACUGGCUGAAUAUUCAGUUUCCGAUGCUGUCGCUACAUAUUACCUAUAUAUGAAAUAUGUGCACCCAUUCAUAUUUUCGCUCUGCACAAUUCUUCCCAUAAACCCUGACGAUACACUGCGUAAAGGAACGGGUACUCUGUGUGAGCUGUUGCUUAUGGUGCAGGCCUAUAAGCACGAAAUUAUACUACCGAACAAACACAAAGAUCCUCCAGAGUCGUUCUACGAAGGCCAUUUGCUUGAAUCAGAGACCUAUGUUGGUGGUCACGUCGAAAGUAUAGAGGCCGGUGUAUUUAGGAGCGACAUUCCCUACACUUUUACUAUUGAUCCCACAGCUAUUGACCAGCUUCUAAAUGACCUUGAUCAUGCUUUGAAGUUCAGCAUUGAAGUGGAAGAGAAAAAGUCUCUCGAAGAUGUGGUAAACUACGACGAAGUAAGAGCCCAGAUCGCAGAGCGAUUGCUCGACUUGAAGAACAACCCACACAGAGACGAGGUGCCCUUCAUAUAUCACUUGGAUGUUGCUGCCAUGUAUCCCAACAUUAUGAUUACAAAUCGGCUGCAACCAGAUUCGAUGAUUCAGGAAUCCGACUGUGCUGCUUGCGACUUUAAUCGUCCUGGUAAGAAGUGUGAUAGACGAUUGCCGUGGGCAUGGCGAGGCGAGUUUCUUCCAGCCAAACGUGACGAAUAUAACAUGAUCCGGCAUGCAGUUUCAAAUGAGAAAUUCCCUGGGAGAACCAGGAAUGCUCCUAUGAGGACAUUUGAGGAUUUGAGUAUCGAGGAGCAAGCCUCUGCUGUGAAGAAGCGGCUUCAGGAUUACAGCAAAAAGAUUUACCAUAAAAUCCAUGACAGCAAGACGAUAGAGCGAGAGGCAAUUAUCUGUCAACGCGAAAACCCCUUCUACGUGGACACAGUCCGCAGCUUCCGAGACCGGAGAUACGAAUUCAAGGGAAAGCAGAAGGUGUGGAAGAACAAAACGGAGAGCCUUAAGUCUGGAGGUGCUUCUUCCUCAGAAAUUGAGGAAGCGAAAAAGAUGAUCGUUCUCUUCGAUUCCCUACAGCUUGCUCACAAGGUCAUUUUGAACAGUUUCUAUGGCUAUGUGAUGAGAAAGGGUUCUCGGUGGUAUUCGAUGGAGAUGGCUGGAGUGACCUGUCUUACUGGUGCUCACAUCAUUCAGAUGGCCCGGGAGCUCGUUGAACGGAUCGGCCGACCUCUGGAGCUUGAUACUGAUGGUAUUUGGUGUAUGCUUCCCGGAUCGUUUCCCGAGAACUUCUCGUUUACCCUGAAGAAUGGCAAGAAAUUGGGAGUCUCAUACCCCUGUGUCAUGUUGAACCAUCUCGUUCAUGGGAGAUUCACGAACCACCAGUACCAAACACUCAUCGAUCCCGCGACAUUCAAAUACGAAACGCGCAGCGAUAACUCUAUUUUCUUUGAAGUCGAUGGACCGUACAGGGCAAUGAUUUUACCUACUUCGAAGGAAGAAAACAAGAACCUGAAGAAGCGUUAUGCCGUUUUCAACCAUGACGGGUCUUUGGCGGAACUGAAAGGAUUCGAAGUGAAACGGAGAGGAGAACUGAAGCUGAUUAAAAUCUUCCAAACGCAAAUCUUUCGGUUCUUCUUGGAAGGGACCACACUUCCAGAGACGUACGCUGCCGUGGCCCGCGUGGCUGACAGGUGGUUAGACGUACUCUACGAGCACGGGUCGACGCUUGCAGAUGAGGAACUCAUCGACCUCAUUUCUGAGAAUAGGAGUAUGACCAAGACUCUUGAAGAAUACGGCAAUCAGAAGUCUACAUCUAUCACGACCGCAAGGCGUCUGGCGGAGUUCUUGGGAGAGCAAAUGGUCAAGGAUAAAGGUCUCAACUGCAAAUACAUCAUAUCUGCAAAGCCACGAAAUACACCUGUCACAGACCGCGCUAUUCCCGUGACGAUAUUUUCAGCCGAGGAGCAUGUCAAACGAUUCUUCCUACGGAAAUGGCUGAAGGAUGAUCCUGGUGACAUGGACCCUCGGAGUGUAAUCGACUGGGACUACUAUUUGGAACGCUUGGGCUCCGUAGUGCAGAAGCUCAUUACAAUCCCAGCUGCUCUCCAGAAGAUCCGCAAUCCGGUUCCCAGGGUUUCGCAUCCGGAUUGGCUGCAGCGGCGAAUCAACCUUAAGGAUGACAAGUUUAAGCAGAAAAAGAUGACUGAUUUGUUUGAGAAAGGCGAGAAGGCCCCCCUAUCUGAUAUAUCGACAAAUAUCCUCGACCAUCGUGUUCAACAUUCAGGCGACCUGGAAGAAGUGACAGCGAGCUCGGGUGAGAAGCUGAAGUCGUCUCCCGAUGGGGGAAAGGUCUCACAGAAAAGGAAGUACCCCGAGGGACUUUCUAAGACAUCGCUCGAUCCCUUCGCCAGUCUUCCUUCGACAAUGCCUUUAAUCACAGAGGAUUAUGUAGGAUUCCUUAAAUACCAGAAACAGAAAUGGAAGAUCCAGAAACAAGCUCGAAUUCGCCGCCGUCAACUUUUCGGGGAGAGAACCAACGUCACUUCCGACAGCUUGAGCAAUUUCUUCCGAAGUCAAGCUGAGCUGCUGUAUGUUAAGACCUGGCAAAUCCUGCAGCUCUGCGACACUGGCAUGGCUGGCUUCGUUCGUGCCUUUGUUUUAAUCGAUCAGAAGGUCCACGCUCUCACUGUCAAGGUUCCACGGCAGCUCUUUGUUAACUUAAAGCGAGACUCACUGCCUGAUGUCGACGUCCCGGACUGUGAUGUAGAAAAAGUCAAUUACACGUUGCCGAAUGGACACCCGUCGGUUCACCUGUUCAAGAUGACUUUGUCCGAGGAAACAUACCUGAAUCAAGCGGACAAUAUUGAUCGUCUUCUGCAACAUCCUAGCGUUGAGGGCGUCUAUGAAAAGAACAUUCCACUUAGUGAACGGGCUGUGUUGAAGCUGGGGAGUCUGUGCACCUUCGAUGAAGAGCAAUGCGGAGUCCUGGGAGAAGGGUUGGAGAAAGGAUUUGACCUUUCCACGUUACUUCGUGCUUCAUCCGAUCAGAAAUAUCUGAUGGACUCACCUUUGGCGUAUUAUUACCUGUAUCAUGUCGUCUCGGGCGACAGACAGGUAUUUGCCAUUUUCUCAACAACGAAGAACGAGGCACAUAUUGUGAUUGCGAACCGCACGAGAGAAGUGCAGGGACUGCCCAACGUUGACAAGAUCUAUUCAGAUCUUCUGGCACGGAAAAUGAAAGCUACAGCUGGGGACCAGUCGCAGAAUGCGUUCCAAUACCAGGAGAAGAUUCAUUUUAAAACCAUUCAGGUAACGACGAGAAGAAAGGCCUACCUGGAAGUUGGCGACCUGUUUAAGAAACUCCGAAGCGAGGAGAGCCAGCCAGUGGUGCUCGUUGUGCAAUCCCAGCAGAAAAGCCGCCUAUGCCACGAUAUCCCGAUCUUGAAGGAGUACCCAAUCCUGUCUGUUAAACCGGAAGUAUCUGAUAUGGACCUUCCUCCGCUAGGUUGGCAGUCUUUCAUUGCGAAACGGCUGGUCACUCACUAUUUAUAUCUGGCCGCGUGGAUCCAACACUUGACCCUGCUAGCAAGAUACGGUGACGUGCCACUAUGCAAUCUUGACAGUGACGACCCCCGAUAUCUUAUUGAUAUCUCCUACGCAAGACGACUACAGCAAAACAACGUUGUGCUGUGGUGGUCCUCCGGGCCAUUGCCAGACCAUGCAGGAUAUGAGAAAGAUGACAUUCAGGGUGCUACAGAGAGGGUAGAUAUGCCAUCGAUCAAUACUCCAGGCGCAUAUUCGACCGUCUGUAUUGAGUUGGACGUCCGCAACCUGGCGAUCAACACCAUUCUUACGUCAUCCAUCAUCAAUGAACUGGAAGGAAGUGAUUCGUUCCUGGCAUCUGGACCGUCAGCAGAGGGCGAUGGAUCCGGGGUGCUUUAUUCGGAGAAGGCAUUUGCCUCGGCAGGUGCACACGUUCUGCGCGAGAUGGUAAAGCAUUGGUGGACGGAAGCCUGUGAAGGGAACAGUAUGGCAGACAUCAUGGUCCAGCACCUUAUCCGAUGGGUCGAGAGCCCUACCUCCUGCCUUUAUGAUCGAUCACUGCAUAACUAUGUGCGUUUGAUGUCGAAGAAGUCGUUCCAGCAGUUGAUGGCUGAGUUCCGGCGCGUCGGUUCAAAUGUCGUCUUCGCAAGUCCCACUCGUCUCCUGCUCCAGACGACGAAGACGGAAGUUGGCAAUGCUUAUGCAUAUAGUCAGUAUAUCCUUAAAUCGAUCCGGGGCAAUCCCUCCUUCCAUUUUAUCGAUCUCGAGAUCAAGGAGUACUGGGAUUACCUCGUAUGGUACGAUGAGUACAACUACGGGGGUAAGGGGUGUAGGGAAGUAAUCGAGUCUGAGAAUCAAGAGCUGGAGACAGUUAUGCAUUGGCAAUUAAGCCGGUUCCUGCCGGGUCGUAUGCAGACUAUCUUCCAUGACUGGGUUGUCGAGUACAUCGAGCUGAUGCAUGGUCUCAAACGACCGGAGGUGGACGAUUCAUCCACCCCUCGACCGACACAGAUCCCCAUCGGACGCCCUGCUGACACAGACGGCGAUGAGAUCACGUCCAUACUGACGGAUCGGUUCUCAAAGCCACUGAAGAAGCAAAUAUUGGGUCUUAUUCGCCGACAGCGCGACGAGCUCUUGCACCCGGAGCUGGCAUCUGACUAUGCUUUCCCGGAGCUCCCCGGUGUGCUGGUGGACCCGAAUGACGACAAGCGCAAUCCAACACUGGAACUUGUGAAGCUACUGAUGCAGAUUCUGAGUCUAUCGAAGCUGACAACUCUCGAGACGCGGCUUCUCCGGCGCGAAUUACUAGCGCUCUUCGAGGUCCGGGAGUUCAGCAAAGAAGGUCGAUUCGAGAACCCGAGCGGGAGCCUGAAGCUUCCCGAACUGACAUGCAGCAGCUGCUGUUUGAUUCGGGACCUGGAUCUCUGCAGGGAUGAAGAUGUCCUCCCAGACCUCGAGUCAGACGGCAACAAGACUGCGAAGCCCUGGCGUUGCUCCUUCUGCCAUACCGAGUAUGACCGGUUGGCGCAGGAAGAGAUCCUGAUCGGUCAGGUCCAAAGUCUAGUAGUCAUGUGGCAGGUUCAAGACCUCAAGUGUUCCAAGUGUGGAAGUCUCAAGGUCAGCGACUUCAUGGAGCACUGUUCGUGCAGCGGUGUUUGGGUGGAGACCAUGAACAGGAAGGAGGUCGAGAAGAAGUUGCGUGUUCUGGCGAGCGUGGCGAAGUUCUACGGUUUGAAACUGCUGGAAGGAGUCGUUGACGAGGUGCUGGAAGGGAUAUAAGGCAUUGAUAUACAGGCGUUGGAGCAACAGAGGCGUUACGGACUGAUUUAAGACUGCAAAUAUCGUUAAUAGCUAUCAUUGUUAGACUGUAAAGCGAGGGCCUGUGAAUUUCCCUUCUUGAGUUAGUUUUGCCGUUUUCGGUUUUCGGAUAUUAAUAAGCAACUUGGCGCCAAGACCCACUACAGGACCCCAAACUGUAUCC